GUUUUCUGCGCUGCAUCAUGCUGCACUCACAGGAACCAUGGAGCUGCUGGCGGCGCUGCUGGAGGCUCAGGCCACCGUGGACAUCAGAGACAGUAACGGAAUGCGUCCACUGCAUUACGCCGCCUGGCAGGGGAAGGCCGAAUCCGUCCUGAUGCUGCUUCGCUCCGGGGCGUCGGUGAACGGUGCUUCUCAGGACGGACACAUCCCUCUGCACCUGGCUGCUCAGUACGGACACUACGAGGUGUCAGAGAUGCUGCUGCAGCAUCAGUCCAACCCUUGUCUGGUCAACAAGACCAAGAAGACUCCUCUGGACCUGGCCUGUGAGUUCGGACGAGCCAAGGUGGUCCAGCUGCUGCUGCACAGCAACAUGGUGGCAGCGCUGCUGGAAGGAGAGAGGAAGGAGCCGACUGACUCCGCCUACACCACACCUCUUCACCUGGCCGCUCGCAACGGACACAAAGACGUCAUCCGGCUGCUCCUGAAGGCCGGGAUCGAUAUCAACAAGACCACCAAGUCUGGAACCGCCCUCCAUGAAGCUGCGCUGUACGGAAAAACUGAAGUGGUCCGACUGCUGCUGGACGCCGGCGUGGACGUGAACAUUAGGAACACCUACAACCAGACGGCGCUGGACAUCGUCAACCAGUUCACCACGUCUCACGCCAGCAGGGACAUCAAGCAACUGCUCCGAGAYGCUACGGGGAUUCUCCAGGUCCGGGCUCUGAAGGACCACUGGAACCUCCACGAUCCCACGGCUCUGAACAUCCGAGCAGGAGACGUGAUCACGGUGUUGGAGCAGCACGUAGAUGGACGCUGGAAGGGACACAUCCACGACAACCACAGAGGGACGGACCGGGUCGGGUUCUUCCCCCCGUCCAUCGUGGAGGUGAUCAGCAGGAGGAACGGGGGCACCCUGUCCCGGCACGCCUCCCUGCCCACCCAGCGUCAGCAGCUCCUGUCCAGAGCCCCCCUCUCCUCCAGCCUCAGCUCCGCCCCCCACACUGAUGACUCCUACACUCUGUAUGCCCCGCCCACCCACAUGGUGCUGCCGCUGGCCAAUGGCCUGACCACCUGCACAGGUCUGUCUCCAAGUCGCCUGUCUCAGUCUGGGUGUCCCUACGAGGACAUCUGGGUCCUCAGGGGCUCAUGUCACGCUGGAGACAGGAACAGCGUGGGCAGCACCGGCAGCGUGGGCAGCACUCGUAGCGCUGGCAGCGGGCAGAGCACCGAGAGCAACAGCGCCACCAACGGACACCAACACAACACCAGUCACCAUGACAACAAGCCGGCGCCCCCUGCUGUUGACUCUGGACUCUCAGCAGAACAGAACCAGCAGAUGGACCAUCCUGCAGGCGGGACUCCACGGAGACAGACGGUGACGGUCCAGCGUCCUGCAGAGCCCAGCUUCACUCAGCAGUUUGUUCGUCCUCAGCAGCUGCUGGAGGGGAAGGAUGCUGAGGCCAUCUAUCAGUGGCUCAGUGACUUCCAGCUGCAGCACUACACCACAAACUUUGUCACCGCUGGAUAUGAUGUCCCCACCAUCAGCAGGAUGACCCCUGAGUGCCUCACUGCGAUCAUGUCGAAGUCCGGAGGAACCCGUGGACCCGUCACGGAGAUGCCGUUGGACGCGUCCAUCAUCCGGAUCCCGCCCCACCACUACAUCCACGUCCUGGACCAGAACACCAACAUCGCCCGCGUGGAGAUCGGACCGCUCACCUACAUCCGUCAGGACAACGAGCGGGUUCUGUUCCCUCCGGUCCGGAUGAUCAUGGUCCCGCCUCGACACUACUGCGUGGUGUCCAACCCCGUGGCCCGGGACGAGGACAACCAGGUCCUGUUUGACCAAUCGGGUCAGGCCAAGCUGCGGCACGCGGACCUGGAGAUCCGCCUGUCCCAGGACCCGUUCCCUCUGUACCCCGGAGAGGAKAUGCAGCAGGAUGUGACCCCGCUGCAGAUCGUGUACCCRGACACGGCCCUGCGGCUCCAGGCCCUGCUGGACUUUGAGGACGACAAUGGCGUGAAGAGGGUCGCUGGAGACGAGUGGCUGUUUGAAGGUCCAGGGACCUGCAUCCCCAGGAAGGAGGUGGUGGUCCUGGAGACCAUCAAGGCCACGGUGAUCCACGAGAACCAGGCCAUCAGGCUCCGAGCUCGCAAGGAGGGCAAAGACCGUGGAGGGGUCCAGAGGGUCACAGGUGAGGAGUGGCUGGUCUAUAAGGUGGGAGCAUACCUGCCAGGUGCUUAUGAGGAGGUCAUUGACAUCGUCAACGCCUUUAUCCUGACUGACAAGAAAGCGCUGCACGUGCGCGCCCUGCGGCCCUUCAAGGACGCCGGCGGGCGGGAGCGGCGGACGGGCGAGGAGUGGCUGGUCACCGCGGCCGACCGCGAGGCGCACAUCCCGUCUGUGGCCGAGGAGGUGGUGAGGGUGGUGGACGUGACCACGCUCAGCAGCAGGCAGUACUGCGUGGUCCUGGACCCGGUCGGAACCGACGGCAAGCCUCAGCUGGGCCAGAAGAAGGUGGUGAAGGGCGAGCGCUCCUUCUUCCUGCAGCCCGGCGAGCUCCUGGAGAACGGGAUCCAGAACGUCUACGUGCUGUCAGAGGAGGAGGGGCUGGUUCUGAGGGCCGUGGAGGCCUUCAAUGAUGAGGAGGGUGGUGUUUGGACCGGAGAUGGUCAUGCUGGGACCUGAUGAGCAGUUCACGGUUCUGUCUCUGUCCGGGGACAAACCCAAGAAGGGCAACGUGAUCAAAGCCAUCUGUCUCCUGCUGGGUCCGGACUUCUUCACUGACAUCAUCACCAUCGAGACGGCGGACCACGCCCGCCUGCAGCUGCAGCUGGCCUACAACUGGCACUUUGACGUGAAGUCCCCGACCGACCCGACGGACGCGGCGGCUCUGUUCUCGGUUCCGGACUUCGUGGGGGACGCCUGUAAGGCCAUCGCCUCRCGGAUCCGAGGCGCCGUGGCCUCGGUCCAGUUCGAUGACUUCCAUAAGAACUCGAACCGGAUCAUCUGCUCAGCCGUGUUUGGCUUCGAUGAGAAGCUGGCGGUCCGGCCCAGUCUGCGGUUCAGUCAGAACAACCUGGUGAUCAGCAGCGUGGACAUCCAGUCUGUGGAGCCCGUGGACCAGAGGACCAGAGACGCCCUGCAGAAGAGCGUCCAGCUCGCCAUCGAGAUCACCACCAACUCCCAGGAGGCGGCGGCCCGACACGAGGCGGAGCGUCUGGAGCAGGAGGCCCGGGGCAAACUGGAGAGGCAGCGCAUCACGGACCAGGCCGAGGCCGAGCGGGCCCGCAAGGAGCUGCUGGAGCUGGAGGCGCUCAGCGCCUCGGUGGAAAGUACUGGAGCUGCCAAAGCUGAGGCCCAGUCCCAGGCUGAAGCGGCCCGGAUCCGUGGAGAGGCGGCAGUCAAUGAGGCCAAACUGAAGGCUGAGGCCCAGAGGAUCGAGGCGGAGGCGGAGCUUCAGCGGCUGGCGAAGGCCCGGGAGCAGGAGCUGAGUUAUAAGAAGGAGAUGGACCAGCUGGAGGUGCAGAAAAAGGAGCGUCUGGCUCAGAUCGAGUCUCAGUGCUUCAAGCAGCAGAUGGAGAGUCUCGGAACAGAAACGCUGAAGGAGAUUGCCCGAGCCGGACCAGAACUUCAGGUGAAGAUGCUCCAGGCUCUGGGUAUGAAGUCCACCCUCAUCACCGACGGCUCGUCUCCCAUCAACCUCUUCACCACCGCCAACGGCCUGCUGGGGGCGCUGCCGGGUCAGAACCAGUGAGCAGCAGGACCCGGUCUGCAGCAGAAAAACUGAAUCUGACAAAGAAACUAACUUCAUCUCUGCUGCUUUACCCGAGUCCUGACGGGUCCCCCAGAGUCCUGACGGGUCCCCCAGAGUCCUGACGGGUCCCCCAGAGUCCUGACGGGUCCCCCAGAGUCCUGAGGGGUUCUGACGGGUCCUGUGUCUGUUUGAAAAAUAAAUCCAGUUUCACAGCAA